AUGCCUCGCGACCCAGAAAAGCGAGAACUGCUGCAAAAAAUCGUGACCUGGGAUGACCACUCACUCUUUAUCAAUGGAGAACGCAUCAUGUUGUUCAGUGGAGAGGUCCACCCGUUCCGGCUGCCCGUGCCGUCGCUGUAUCUCGACGUCUUCCAGAAAAUCAAGGCUAUGGGGUUCAACUGCGUCAGUUUCUAUGUCAUGUGGGCGCUGCUCGAGGGAAAUCCGGGUAACUUCACGGCGGAGGGGGUGUUUGAUCUGGUGCCAUUCUUUGAGGCGGCUUCUGAAGCGGGAUUAUACCUAAUUGCUAGACCCGGCCCCUAUAUCAACGCAGAGGUGACUGGAGGUGGCUAUCCCGGAUGGCUUCAGCGAGUGAAGGGUCUUUUGCGGACCAAUGCCCCCGAUUAUCUGGCUGCUACCGACAACUAUAUGGAAAACAUCGGUAAGAUCAUCGCAAAAUACCAAAUCACCGAAGGCGGUCCGGUCAUUCUGUGGCAACCUGAGAACGAAUACAGUCGGGCCUUCGGCCUCGACUCGUUCCCACAGAAGGACUACAUGCAGUACGUCGAGGACCAGGCCCGAAACGUCGGUAUUGUUGUACCACUGAUUACCAACGACAUGGGUCCCCUCGGCUUGUUCGCACCGGGAACCGGUGAAGGUGAGGUUGAUAUCUAUGGACACGACAGUUACCCGUUAGGGUUCGAUUGUUCCAACCCGACAGUGUGGCCCGCGAAUUACCUGCCGACGGACUAUCGCGCGUACCACCUGAAGCAGAGUCCCACAACACCUUAUUCACUUUUGGAGUAUCAAGGUGGCUCAUUCGACCCGUGGGGAGGUCCCGGUUUCGAGCACUGCUCGGAACUGCUGAGUGAUGUUUUUGAGCGCGUCUUCUACAAGAAUAUCUAUGCGGCUGGAGUAACUAUUCUCAACCUCACCUAUGGUGGGACGAACUGGGGAGGCAUCUCUUUCUCUGAAGCCUAUACCUCGUACGACUACGGCGCAGCAAUCCAAGAAGAUGGCCGCACCAUCACGAGGGAAAAGUACGGCGAGCUCAAGCUGCAGGCGCAAAUGCUGAAGGUUUCCCGUGACUAUUUGACUGCGACACCCAACGUCAACUUCACACGGGGUAUCUACACCAAUAACACGGACCUCGCUAUCACACCUCUCAUUGGCAAUGAGAGCGACACCAAUUUCUACGUUGUGAGACAAUAUGAUUACUCGAGCGAGGCGUCAACGGACUAUACCCUUGGCGUGUCAACGUCGGCGGGUGACUUGACGAUCCCGCAGCUCGGUGGCUUUCUCACCCUGCAGGGGCGGGAUUCAAAGAUCCAUAUUACUGACUACAGCGUCGGCGACAAUAAAAUUCUCUACUCGACUGCAGAAGUCUUCACCUGGAAACAGUUCAGCGAUAUGACGGUCUUGCUCGUGUACGGAGAUACUGGCGAAACUCACGAACUGGCAGUUAGCACUGAGUCUGAACCAUCUGUCAUUGAGGGCGAGGACGUACAACAGAAAUUGGUAGCCGAUGCGUGGAUUAUCCAAUUCACAACCGACUCGACACGAAAAGUUGUCAAGUUCGGGGAAUUGGUUGUCUACAUCCUGGACCGCGAUUCGGCAUACGACUACUGGGUGCCCGAUCUUGGAUCUCCAUACGGCACUUCAAACCUGAACCCAGACUCAGUUAUUGUCAAAGCAGGAUAUCUUGUGCGAAGUGCUUCGAUCUCAGCAGGAGCUCUCUACCUCGUCGCAGACUUCAACGCAUCGACUGCCAUCGAAGUGAUCGGUGCCCCGUCCAAUGUCUCAACACUGUACAUUAACGGCGACAAAACAAACUACGCGACAAACUCUCUGGGCUCGUGGCUAACCAACCUGACUCUUCCUGAAAUCUCGUAUGACGUUCCCGACUUGCCCAGUCUAGUCUGGCACUCCCUCGACUCCCUCCCCGAAAUCACGUCAUCCUACGACGACAGCGCCUGGCCCGCAGCAGACCACCCAAACACCACCAACCCCGCAGGCCAACCCCUUUUGACCCCAGUCUCGCUCUACGGUAGCGAUUACGGCUUCCAUAUCGGGGCUCUGCUCUACCGCGGUCUCUUCACUGCCAGCAGCACCAACUCGUCCCUCUUUCUCUCCACGCGCGGCGGCUGGGCCUUCGCCUCGGCUGUGUACCUCAACGGGAGCUUCGUUGGUAGUUUCGUCGGUGGCCCCAGGGAAGAGUGGAGCAAUGCUACCUACAUCCUCCCUACGCUCAGCUCAGGCGACAGCUACGUCUUAACCGUCAUCGUGGAUAACAUGGGUUUUGAGGAAGACACUCCCGGCGUGGAUGACAUGAAAUCCCCGCGCGGCAUCAUCGACUAUUCCCUGUCGAGCUCCAACGGCACAGACACACCCAUUACCUGGAAAAUCACCGGAAACCUAGGCGGCGAAGAGUAUGCCGACCACGCUCGCGGCCCCCUGAACGAAGGCGGCUUCUUCGCCGAGCGCCAGGGCUACACGGCCCCCGAUCCGCUAAGCGACCUUUUCGAUCUAGACCUGCCGAGCGACGAGUGGGACAUCCCGCUUUCAUUCGUAUUCCAAAACGACACCUCCGCUGCGGGGGGGAAUGGAGCGUACCGCGUUUUGCUGUUCGUAAAUGGGUGGCAGUUUGGAAGGUAUGUGGCGAAUAUUGGCCCGCAGACGAGGUUCCCUGUGCCAGAGGGGAUCUUGGACUACAAAGGGACCAAUUGGUUGGGAGUGUUGGUCUGGGCCUUGGAGGAAGGAGGAGCCAAGGUUGAGGGGCUGGGUUUGGAGGCUGGUACGCCGGUUUUGACGGGGAGGAAGAAGGUGGUUGUUGUCGAUAGUCCGGCGUGGUCGGAGAGGAAUGUGGCGUACUGAUGGGUUGUGGAUGCAGAUAGUCUAAGGGGAGAUUCCGAUGUAGGGGUC